AUGCCUGGCAGCUCACGCCUGCCAGCCAGCCUCCUCGGCAGCUUGGACAAAGUCAAGCGUCGAGGGCCUGCCCCUCCUAUUUCGAGCCUCCUUACUGUUGACUUGCUGCGCAACAUCGUCUUCUGUUACUUUGUUCUUCGGUGGACGCGGCGAGCCUUCUGGAAACUAAAGGGUCGCGGUCCCCUCGGCUCCGUCCUCGAGCUGUACCAUGUCAUUCAACGCACUCUGUACGGAUACUUUCUUCGCGCCCCUGGCGUGCGCGGCAAGGUCCGCAAGCAGGUCGACGAGAACAUCGCGCAAAUGUCGUCCAAACUCGUUCCACCGACUGAUACCCGGCAUCUGAUGCUCCCCAAGGAAGGUAUGGCAAUGGACGCUGUGCGUGCCGAACUCGAAAAGCUGGCCAACCUCGAUCAUACGAGGUGGGAGGACGGCUAUGUCUCCGGUGCAGUUUAUCAUGGCGAGCAUGACCUCCUGAGUCUCCAAACAGAGGCUUUCGGCAAGUUCACCGUCGCCAACCCCAUUCACCCGGAUGUCUUUCCCGGCGUGCGCAAGAUGGAGGCCGAGAUAGUCAGCAUGGUGCUCAACUUGUUCCACGGCCCUCCUGGGGCAGCUGGCGUUACGACUGCCGGUGGCACGGAGAGUAUUCUCAUGGCCUGCUUGAGCGCACGCCAAAAGGCCCAUGUCGAGCGUGGAGUGACCGAACCAGAAAUGAUUCUUCCUUCUACCGCUCACACGGCCUUUCGCAAAGCCGGCGAUUACUUCAAAAUCAAGAUUCACUUGGUAGAUUGCCCUUCCCCUAGCUAUCAAGUGGACUUGCGUUCCGUGCUCCGUCUCAUCAACGCCAAUACAAUACUGCUUGUCGGAUCUGCCCCCAACUUCCCUCACGGAAUCAUGGACGACAUCUCCGCUCUUUCAAGGCUGGCAAUCCGCAAGAAGCUGCCACUCCAUGUCGACUGCUGCCUGGGCUCUUUCCUCGUCCCGUGCCUCGAGAAAGCCGGCUUCGACUCGGAGCUUUUCGACUUUCGUCUCAAGGGCGUCACGAGCAUCAGUUGCGACACGCACAAGUACGGUUUUGCUCCCAAGGGAAACUCGACAGUGUUGUACCGAACUGCCGAGCUGCGGCAGUACCAGUACUACGUCUGCCCUGAUUGGUCCGGAGGUGUUUAUGCCUCUCCCGGCCUGGCUGGCUCACGUCCUGGUGCCUUGAUUGCCGGCUGCUGGGCAAGCUUGAUGACGGUUGGCGAGGCGGGAUACGUCGACGCCUGCGUCAAGAUUGUCGGCGCUGCCAAGAAGAUUGCGGAAGCUGUUCAAACCUCGGGAACCCUGAGCGGGGAGCUGGAGAUUCUGGGCAAGCCUCUUGUCUCGGUCGUCGCCUUCAGCGCCCGAAACCUGGACAUUUACGACGUCGCAGAUGCCAUGUCGACCAAGGGAUGGCACCUCAACGCACUGCAAAACCCUCCGGCCAUCCACGUAGCCGUCACCUUGCCCAUCUCCAAGGUCUGGCAACGGCUGGUGAGCGACUUGGAGACUGUUGUCGAGGAGGAGAAGGAGAAGGAGAGAGCGCGCCUGGUGGAAGGCAAGGGGGCCAAGGGCAAGGCCAUGGGUGACUCGGCCGCUCUAUAUGGGGUGGCGGGCUCGCUGCCAAACAAGAGUGUGGUCGUCGACUUGGCAAAUGGAUUCUUGGAUAUUCUGUACAAGGCAUAG